AUGGAAGACCAUAGCUUGACUAUGUAUGGGCAGCCAGCUCUGGGAUCAGCGUUGGAGGUGUGUGAGGACCUCGAGUUGUUUGAGAAGUUGGAUACGGCAGGAAAGGAGACCAUGGAUAUGGACGAAUUAGCCGCCCUUCUAGAUUGGCAUAUCCUGGAUGCUACUAUGAGCAAGGGAUGCUGGUGGCAUAAGGUCAUUGCCACUUCCCGCAACCCUUCAAGUACCCCCGACCUGGUCGUGGAGAUCGAGGGCAACGGGGGUAAAUGGGUCCAUCUGGAUGUUGAUAGCGCUCAAUGUGGCUAUGCAUUGUUAACAACGCCAGGGGCUCCUUCUACGCGCCUAUCGAGACCAGCAUCGAGAAGGAGGUUCGCGCCCAAAUGGAGGCGAUCUCUCACCAAGGUUCUCACCAAGGAGAUUGCUCCCUUCAAUAUCCGCACAUUGACAGUCAUUCUAGGUACUUUUAACACCAACAUGCCCGACUCUGUCGCCCUAGGAGAGACCCCUCUCCCCGAUGACUACAAGGGUACCGUCACCGAGCAGGUUCAGGGGCUCCUUUCGAACGGGAAGACUAUUCCCAACUGUGACAAAGAUAAGGCCAUGAAGGCCCUAGGGGCAAACUUGGGUCUGACAUGA